AUGAGCGGCUUGGCUUUUUUCGCGGUGGAUUACUUUCGCGUAUCGAUACAAAAUUUGCACAGGAGACUGCAUCAGGCUAACUCGGGAUAUAGUUUUGAGGACCGUUACGUUCGACUCCUUUGUCCGUCCCACAAAACAAGUUUAUCGGGACAUCCAGACAAUACGCGGAGGCAUUUAGGAUGCCAAAAGAAUAAUGGAUCAUUCUGGGAGACUAGAAUCCAUUCUCCCUCAAAUUUACAUUUGACUGACCAAAGUUUCAUUCUCAAGCUUAAUUUGUGA